UUCAUUGUCAAUGUGAGUUGUUAUAAUUUGUAGAUUCAACUCACAUGUUUCAUCGCAUUAUUUUAGUGAUUUUUUAAAACUUGUAAUAACUAUGUCAGACGGCUCUGCAAAUAUACCAAAUCAUUUGCCCCUUCAUGAAGGGCCAUUUGUUCCGGGCUGCCAGGAUAUUCUGUCGGGGUUUGGAGAAGAAAGUGUCCUAAUGAGACUUUGGUAUCCAACAUCACUGAAGGAUGUCAAGGAACAUGCUGCAAAGUGGCCUAGAUGGAUGGAUGAGACCUAUAUGAGCGGCUUUUCUACUAUUUUAGGGAUAUGGCCAAUUUUCUUGAAAAUUGCAAGACGCCUUUACAGCGGUGAAAUCCAUGUUCCUGGAGUCUGGGGAGCAGAUGUACUGGAUGACAAUCAGCAAUUUCCCACCAUAGUCUUCUCUCAUGGCUUGGGUGCCUGUCGAUUUUUCUACUCAACCCUUUGCUUGCAACUUGCAUCACACGGAAUUGUUGUUGCAGCGAUUGAGCACAAAGAUGAAAGCUCUGCAGCAACAUUCUUCUUCGAGAAUGACAUAAAACACGCGAGUGGAAAGAAGAGCUUCAUGCUCUACAGGGCAGUUGAUGAAACGGACAGUGGGUACCAUCUAAUGAUCAGAAAGAGACAACUUACGAUCCGAGCCCGCGAGUGCUCUAGAGCAUUGGAUUUUUUGAUUGGAGUGCAUGAAGGCAGAAUUACUGAAAAUCUGCUUGACUCGGAAAGCAAAGUGCUGGAGCAACUCAAAAGUCGCCUUGAUAUUGCAUCGGUGACACUGAUGGGCCACUCCUUUGGCGGCGCCACAACGCUUGUAGCUGCGACCAAAGAUGACCGCUUCAAGCAGCUGCUUGUUUUGGAUUCGUGGCUCUUUGGCUUGAAAAAUGAGGAGGACAUGCCGCAAAUAUUGGCGAAAUUUCCCAAACUUUACCUGAACGCUGAUUACUUUCAAAUAGAGAACAAUUUAAAAGUCAUGAGGCGAUUUGUUGGUCCCCAGGAUACCAAGUUUACGGUUAGGAGAACAACGCAUGAGCAUAUGUGUGAUACGCCUAAAUUAGUUGGCAUGUGGCUAAACAGAGGCAAGUCAAGAAUCGACUACGAUCUUGGCAUGCGGAUUAAUUUCCAUCUUGUGCUCAGUUAUUUGAAACAGCGCUUAGGUGACUCAGUCAAAUGGAACAAUGAGAAUUUCUUGCACGACCAAGGCCACCAUAUAAUUCAAGACAUCUCUGUUAGAGAAAAUGCUGAAAUUCUGGAACCAGCUAAGUUGUGAUAGAAGAAAUAUUUGAAAUAUGAUGGAACAAAGGGAUAUUAUUUAAUCUAUUUCAAAUUUGUUUCAUUUGUUAACGUUUUAUAAAAAGAGCUGAAUAUCUGAAUUCGAUUAUUUUUUCUUAUUUUAUAUAUGUGUGCAUUAUCGUGUUGUUUUUUAUAUUAAAAUGAAAUAUAUUCUUCAAAA